UCCCACAUCCGACAUGCCUGGGACGACACCAAAUCCGUGCGGCAGAACCUGGUGGAGAUGGGGUAGGCCAUGGACCCCAACAAGGCAGUUCCCCUCCGUAAGAGGAAGGUAAACACCAUGGAGGUAGACACGGAAGAUAGACCCAAGGAUCUGGUGAGGAAGCCGUAUGUAGUAAAUGACCUGGAGGCAGAAGUCAGCCUCCCAGAGAACAAAGGAAAUACCUUAUUUCGUGACCUCACUGACUAUGUUCGCUACAUGGUGGAGAGUCAUGGGGAGGACUACAAGGCCAUGGCUCGAGAUGAGAAGAAUUACUGUCAAGAUACCCCCAAACAGAUUCGGAAUAAGAUCAAUGUCUAUAAGCGCUUUUACCCAACGGAAUGGCAAGCCUUUACUGCUUCUUUGCAGAAUAAGAAGAUGGAGGUAGACUGAGU